CCCAUCUCUGACUCCCUCGCUCAUCAUGUCGCACCCAGUGACCCAGCACGGUCUCUUUGAGAUCCCUCCUGUCAACAAUGAGCCCAUGCGCAACUACGAGGCAAAGUCAGCCGACCGCGCGGGCCUCCAGGCUGCUGUCGACGCCAUGAUGGCCAAGGGCACCUUUGAGGUCCCUUGCAUCAUCAACGGCCGCGAGGUCAGGACCGGACGCAAGAGCAAGCAGGUCAACCCGUCGGACCACGCCAAGGCCCUCUGCGAGUACCAUGAGGCGGACGAGGCCCUCAUUGGCGAGGCCAUCAAGGGCGCUCUCGAAGCCAAGACGGCGUGGGAGCACAUGCCGUGGAACGAUCGAGCAGCCAUCUUUCUCAAGGCGGCCGACCUGCUGGCUGGCAAGUACCGCUACGAGGUCAUGGCCGCCACGAUGCUGGGCCAGGGCAAGAAUGUUUGGCAGGCCGAGAUCGAUGCGGCCGCCGAGGCUUGCGACUUUCUCCGCUUCGGCAUCAAGUAUGCCGAGCAGCUGUACAGCAUCCAGCCCCCCAAGAACUCGCCAAAUGUCUGGAACAGAGUCGAGUACCGUCCCCUCGAGGGCUUUGUCCUGGCCGUGUCGCCGUUCAACUUUACUGCAAUCGGCCUCAACAUCCCCUGUGCGCCUGCCAUGGUCGGCAACGUUGUCGUCUGGAAGCCAAGUCCGAUGGCAACCUACUCCAACUACCUCGUCUACAAGAUCCUCGAGGAGGCCGGCCUCCCCGCGGGCGUCAUCCAGUUCUGCCCCGGCCCCCCCGAGCCCAUUGUGGCAACGGCCAUCAACCACCGCGAGUUUGCCUCGCUCCACUUUACCGGCUCCACCUUUGUCUUCCGUAACCUCUGGAAGCAGAUUUCCAACAAUCUCGACAAGUACCGCGGCUACCCCAGGAUCGUGGGCGAGACUGGCGGCAAGAACUUCCACCUGGUCCACAAGAGCGCAAAUGUCGAGUCGGCUGUGCACCAGACCAUUCGUGCCGCGUUCGAGUACCAGGGUCAAAAGUGCAGUGCAUUGAGCAGGCUGUAUGUGCCCAAGAGCAUGUGGAACGCAAAGGGCGGCUUCAAGGAGCUGCUGCAGAAGCACGUCGGCGAAAUCUCCCUGGGGCCCGUCAAUGAGUUCCAGCACUUUAUGGGACCCGUCAUUGCCCGGCACUCCUACGACAAGAUCAUGGGCCUCAUCGAUGCAGGCAAGAAGGCCGGUGGCCAGAUCAUCACUGGCGGCGUCGGAGAUGACUCAAAGGGCUUCUUUGUCCAGCCCACCGUCAUUGAGACGACGGACCCGGGCUCGGUGACGAUGGUCAACGAGAUCUUUGGCCCCGUCCUGACCGUGUACGCGUACGACGACGACAAGUUCGAGGAGACCUGCCACCUGAUUGACUCGACGACCGAGUACAGCCUGACGGGCGCCAUCUUUUCCACGGACCGCGCGGCGCUCAUCAAGGCGAGCAACCUGCUGCGCAAUGCCAGCGGCAUGAUGUACUACAAUGACAAGUGCACUGGCGCAGUCGUCGGCCAGCAGCCGUUUGGUGGCGCCAGGGCCUCAGGUACCAACGACCGAGCCGGCAGCAUGGCCCUGUUGCUCCGCUUCACCUCUGCACGAACUAUCAAGGAGUCCUUCGUCGACAUUGGCCACUACUCAUACCCGUCCAACCACGACUAGGGUGUCUCCGUAAAAGAAGACUACUGGCCCUCGCUCGUCUUCGCGUCGAUGGACACGCAUUAACACCGUCCAACAGGUUUUCUCUUUUCCCCUCCCCCGCAUCCUGCGUCGUCGGGCACGCCUUAACACUGCCCUCUUCAUUUUCCGCAUCUGUAAAACAAACGGCAUCGCUUCCCUUAAUGUCCAUAUAUCAGC